AUGAAUAUCAAUGAGAGGAGUCUUGUUAUCAUUGCCAUGCCUUUAAAACAAUCGGAUGAAUCUAUAGAUAACAAUGAAUCUGUAAUAGUUAAGUUUGAGAUCACAUUGUCUCUUUGUAAACGUCAUAAAACAGUUUGGGACUGGAGCGCAGAAGAAAAGUAUCAAGUAGCUUUGAGAUAUAAAGGGAGAGGUACCGAGUUAUUCGAGGACUCCCGAAUCAUAGAUGCAUUUCGCAGGUUCAGCAAAGCUUGCAAGCUUCUCAUAACAUUGGAGCCGAUAGCUGACUUAAAAUUAGAUAAGCAGUUGGAAUAUAAUAUUAAUAAUUUGAGACUUGCGUUGUAUAAUAACAUGGCUAUAUGUCAAUUGAAGCGAAAGAACUAUCAACAUGUCAUUACACUGUGCACAAAGGUGUUGAACAAAGAUGAGAAUAAUGUUAAGGCCUUGUAUAGAAGAGGAGUAGCGUAUGGUAAUAUAGGAGACAACGAAAACGCUACAGCAGAUUUGAAGGCAGUACUUACUUUAGAAUCUACUAAUCACUCGGCGAAAGAACAAUUUGAGGUGUACAACAGUAGAUUGCAAGAAUCACUUCAGAGAAAUAAAGAUAUGAUGAGGAGAAUGUUUAAGACUUACUAG